AUGGACACCACGCUGGCCCUGCCCGAUGAAGAGAACAAAGAAAACGUCGUCGGACGAGAGUCGAGACGGAUUUUGAAGACGGCUGUCUCCCCGAAGGACAUCUGGUGGGCGAACAUGCUACUGUUGGGAUUUUGCCCAAUCGAGAAUGAGAAAGUGUACGCCGUUUCUUUCCAUCCCGACAUGUUCGAGCAAGCGAGCACCAAGGGCAUGCAAGUGGUCCUCUACUACCUGCUUCGACAAAUCAACAGGGACAAAACGAAGAAGGCAUUCAAAGGUUGCUGGCCGACUCUUGACAUGAAAAAUAACCUCAACGAUUACAAGAAGGCCGCAAACAAUCUCAUCACCGAGCUUGAGCACGAUGGAGAGAUCCCAGCUGGAACAUUUCGACUGUCUCAUCUCCAAAGCGUCGGCACUAGAUUCUACACCCUUCUCUGGCAUCUCUCCGUCGCGGCGAUCAGGGGCGCUCUGGUCAAGAAGUACCCGUCCGCCGCGCCUCCGCAGAAGCGCCUGAUCGAUGCCGGCACCUACAAGCUGGCCGGUGUCAUCGCCAAAGCACCAAAGCAUCUCAUUGAGCGCCAGAGGCAGCGGUUCCUGUCACAUGCGCAAGCCGUCGUGGCAGUGCAGGGUGAGUGGCGCACAUGCGCGCGGGACCUCGAAAACGAGUACAGGAGUCUUACUCAGCAGAUGCAAACGCACAAUCUCCAGAACAAAUUGAAGGAAGAACGCAAGCGCCUGGCGGGCUUUGAGAAGAAGAGCGAAGAUUACAUCAACAAGAGGCAAAAGAAGAUUGAACAGAUUAAGCGUGUGUGGGGUCUGUUCUCCAAGUAUCACGAAGAGAAUACCGCCAACCGAGAUAUGCUGGACAACAUCGCAUCGGGCAAAUCGAGCAAGCUCGCGCUGAACCAGGCGGAUAUGUACAGCGACUUGGCGUCGCUCCGUCAGCAGCUGCUGUCGUCGUCCAUGUGCUCCCCUGUCUCGCCCGCCACCGCGCAAGCUGCGUCUACGGCCGUACAGACGCUGAGCUACCAAGAGUGCCAGCUGCUGCUCUCGGUCAACCCGCUCAGAGACGACCAGUUGGAUCUUCUCACACUCAUCAAACUGUGGAACCUGUCCCUGUCGAUAGUGAAGAAACGGAUCGAGUCGAACCACCUUCUAGAGCGGUCACAUGCUGGCAGCCAACUCACAGAGGAUGCGCCCAUGCUGACGAACUUGCUGGAUGCCCAUCAAAAUCGCCUCUCCGCCCUCUCAGCGUUCAACAACAGUCUCAACGAAGAGCUCCCCGCUCUGCAGGAACAGACGACAGAGCUACGCAAACUCUUCCCACCAGAGCCGAGCAUCACCGUUCCUGCCACGCCUUCUCGCAGACCACUGGGACUGCAAACCCCCUCGCGAGGGAGCGCCGACGCCAGCACCGGGUUUGAACUUCUGCCACCUACGCCUGAUCUCGCGCUCGAGAAAUGCCUGGACGAAGCCCAGGACGAGACCGCAGACAUGCCCGCCCAGGUCGGCGCGACUCCGCUGCCAAAGCGCGAGGACCAGGAGCGGAUGGUUGAUUCCAUCCACCGGGCCGCCAAGCAGAGAAGGCCCCGCCUCAGCAUCGGAUCGGGGAGGGCUGCAGGUACGUGCGAAUUCGUACCAGAGCUGCUAUUGUGGUGCGUGCACUCUCCGUCCAGCGCUGACCCUUCUACGCAUUCAAGGCGGCUCGACCGUGGCGAUGAAGAAGGCGAUGUUCUCGCGCAGCAAGCUGACCGACGAGGACAAGGCCUCGCCGAACGGCGGCGGCGUGCUCUCGUCGCCGCUUAA